GCUGGGCACGCAGACUGCUGCUGGAGUGGAGACAGAGAAGACAGCGAAAGUUCUGCGGCUAGAGCUAGAGCAAUGAAUCAAACCACGACAAUGAACAGCAUUUUUGUGAAUUCUAUGUUUUAGAUAAUAAUUCAUCCGAAGUUUUAGAGGACUUAAAAUACAUGUUUUUCGAAAUGAUUAAGGGCCCUAGAGUGACAGCAUAACACCACUCAGUGUGGUACAACUGACAACAGUCAUGAUUUGGACUAUUUUAAUAUGCUAUUUCGUGACAUCUGUACUUGGGAAUAAGACAGAGGAAAGGAUACCGUUCUUUCAUGGACAUGUAUUCGAGAACUCCGAGCCGGGAUCCAAAGUAAACGGUCUCAGCAUCCCUGUGAAGCGGGUUGACGCGCAGAGAUGGUGUUCCAACUCCGGCAUGCAUCUGAAACUCUUGGGAGACGGAAGUAAAGAUUUUAAUGUAUUUGCCCACCACAAACGCGGACACAUACUUCUGAAAACCUCGAUCGUCCUGGACAGAGAGGAGCGCUCCGAGUACCUGCUCAGCCUGGGUCUGUGCUGCCAAAGCUGCGCCGCCACUGACCUUGUGGUCGCAGAAGUUGCAUCUGUGAAAGUGGACGUUUUGGACACUAAUGACCACGAGCCAACAUUCCCUAAUGCUGAUAUAAAAAUUCAUCUGGACGACGCCACUGCUCUGCGGUCUGUGGUGUAUAAAGUGACCGCGGAGGAUACAGACCACGGGAAAAACGCGGAACUCAUUUACUUUGCUCUUCCCAAAAAUUGCAGUUUCUACGUCGUUCCAAAAACAGGAGAUGUACUGCUGGUGGACUCUAUAUUGGGUCUUACCGCCCCCAUAAAGUUUAACGUGUUUGCGAUGGACCACGGCUGGCCCUCACGGACCAGUCAGAGUAUUGAAAUAGAGAUUAAUCCCCGGCAAUGGCCAGCGUUUCCACCGCCAUCCCAGGGCGAACCGAAAAUCAGACUACCUCGGAAGUCGAGGUCCCUGCUAGAGUCGGACAAACCGGUUGUAAUAAAUGUAUCUGAGGAUGCCAGUAUCGGUUCUGUUGUAGUGAACUUGUACCCAGUGAGGUUUCAGGCUGCCAGCUUUGAGUUGAUGGAUCCCGGUGCGGACAGCUCGCCGGUCACGGUGAGUCGGGACAGCGGAGAUAUAGUAAUUACACGGCGCCUGGACCGGGAGACGGAUCCUCUCGUGGAGAUUACUGUGAAAGUUCAGGAUAAAAGAGGUCCAGACUGGUACCUGGUACGGGUGGAGCUGACAGUGACCGAUGUGAAUGACAAUGUUCCGGAAUGGACCAUGGUCCCCUCCCCCUACCUGGCAGUGGUACCUCCCAACGCCCUGGCUGGGUCACUGGUCUACAAGCUCCACGCCCAGGACGGAGACGAGGGCAACAACGGGGAGGUGGAGUACUUCCUGUCUGAUGGUGGUGACGGGCGUUUCGAGGUGGACAGAAAGAGUGGUCAUGUCCGGACCACGGGGCUGCCACUUCAGAGGGACAAAGAGUACCUGUUGACAGUGGUGGCUGCUGACCGGCUGGGUAGCCGUAGUCCCCCAGUGGUAGUGUCAAUCAUAGCAGGAGCCAGAGCGCCACAGUUCUCCAACGCAUCCUUCACUAUUUCACUACCUGAGAACACACCAGAGAGACAGACCUUCCUGGCAACUCCAGCCGUGUCCUUCCAGAAGCAGCCAAUCAGCUACAGCCUGCUCAUCAAUCCCAGCAGUCUGUUCAGCAUGCAGGCGGACACGGGGGAGAUCACUCUGACCAGGACCAUAGACUUUGAGAUGGACCAGCACAGCUUCCUGCUCAUGGUCAGGGCCAGCGAGGACCAGGACAGUCUGAGCAGUGCUGCUGAGGUGCGUGUGAUCAUCACAGAUGAAAAUGACUGCGUUCCUGAGUUCCUGCAGUCCAUUUACAGCAAAGACAGUGUGCCGGAGACUGUAACCACGGCAACCUCUCUGUUACAAGUGUCUGCCAGUGACUGUGACUCGGACCUGAACGCUGAGUUGACCUACUACACUCUGAGCCCAGACUUCAGCAUCUCUCCCCACGGCACCAUUUUCCCUGCAGGACAGCUGGACUAUGAGAGGCCCAACCACCUGUAUGAGUUUGUGGUGAUGGCUGUGGACAAGGGAGAUGUGCCCCGGACAGGUACAGCCACUGUACGCAUCCGCAUGGCCAAUGUCAACGAUGAGGUCCCCGAGUUCUCCCAGCAUAUCUACCGGACCUUCGUCUCGGAGGACGCCGGGCCUAACACACUGGUUGCCACGGUGCUUGCCAAGGACCCCGACGGCGAUGGAAUCACCUACAAAAUCACAACGGGCAACGACGAAGGCAACUUUGUGAUCGACAGCCAGAAAGGUCUGAUCCGGCUGCGCUCCAGCCCACCUCCCAGACUCCAGGGGGUAGAGUACGUCCUGAACGUCACAGCGACCGAUGACAACGCCUCUGGCGGCCCCCAGGCCCUCUCGUCCACCGCCCAGGUCAUCGUCGGCGUGGACGACGUCAACAACAACAAACCGGUCUUUGAGAAGUGCCAGCAGUACCGGGAGCGGACAACGGUGCUGGAGAACCAGCCUGCAGGAACGUUCGUCCUCCAGGUCCACGCCGUGGAUGCAGACGAGGGCUCUAAUGGGAGAGUCACCUAUGGAUUCAUGCACAAAGACAGCACUGUGCCUGCCUUCAGUAUCCACCCAGACACAGGUGUGAUAGUGACGUCCAGGAAGUUUGACCGCGAGCGCCAGCGGGAGUACGCGGUGACGGUGACCGCUACGGACCAGGCAGCAGACCCCCUCAUAGGGAUCUGUCAACUCAACAUCCUCAUUCUCGACGAGAACGACAACAGCCCCAAGUUUGAGAACCUACGCUACGAGUACUUCCUACGGGAGGACACAAUGAUUGGCACCAGUUUCCUGCGUGUGGCGGCCCACGACGAUGACUACAGCACCAAUGCUGCCGUCACCUACUCCAUGUCUAAAGAACAACCAGAGUACCUGAGGGUAAACCCCCUAACCGGCUGGGUCUACGUCAACCAGCCCAUCUCACAGAGGACCUACAUCACCCGGGAAAUAGUUGCCACGGACGGGGGGAACCGGAGCAGUUCGGUGGAGCUGUCCGUCACCAUCACCAACGUGAAGAACCAGCCUCCUCAGUGGGACAGGGACAGCUUUGACGUGGUCAUCCCGGAGAAUACCGUCAGGGACACACCCAUAGUGACUAUCAAGGCCACCUCUCCGCUGGGACCUAGAGUGACCUAUAACCUGGAAGAUGGGAUGGUGCCGGAGACCAACAUGCCUGUACGCUUCUAUCUGACCCCUAACCGUGAGGAACGGCUUCUGCUCAUCCUGGUGGCUGAGCCCCUGGACUAUGAGACCACCAGGAACUUCAUACUGAGGGUCCGGGCUCAGAAUGUGGCUGCAGUCCCCCUGGCAGCCUUCACAACGGUCUAUCUUAAUAUCACAGAUGUGAACGACAAUGUUCCCUUCUUCACCUCGUCCAUCUACGAGGCGUCGGUCACAGAGGGGGCGGAGGUGGGGACGUUUGUCACACAGGUGUCAUCCAACGACCUGGACCUGGGGCUCAACGGAAAGAUCUCCUACUCCCUGCUAAACGACCGCAGUGGGGACUACCAGUACUUCCGGAUUGAUCCUGAGCUGGGCUCCAUCUACACAGAGGCCGUGUUCGACCGUGAGACCAAAGGCUCCUACCUGCUGGAGGUCAAGUCAGUGGACGGCUGGGAGUCAGCACGGCCCGGGAAACAUGGACAGCCCAACUCAGACACGGCGUACGUGAGGGUUUUCAUCAGCGAUGUGAACGAUAACAAGCCUCUCUUUGCUCAGACGGUUUAUGAAGUCGACGUGGAUGAGGAUGCAGACGUGGGCUUUGCCAUCCUCACUGUCAGUGCUAAUGAUGAGGAUGAAGGCGCCAAUGCUAAGCUACGCUACCAGAUCACGUCUGGCAACACUGGCGGGGUGUUUGACGUGGAACCAGAGGUGGGCACCAUCUUCAUUGCCCAGCCUCUGGACUACGAGCAGAACAAGGGCUACAAGCUGCUGGUGCUGGCGUCGGACGGGAAGUGGGAGGACUAUGCGGAUGUGAUGGUCAACGUGGUGAACAAGAACGACGAGGCGCCAGUGUUCACGGUCAACGAGUACUAUGGUUCUGUGACUGAAGAGCUGGAUGGAUCGCCUGUGUUUGUGCUUCAGGUAACUGCUACUGACCCAGAUAAGGAUGCUGACCAGGAGGCCCUGCGGUACUCCCUCCAUGGCCAGGGAGCCGAGAGCGAGUUCAUUAUUGAUGAGGUGACGGGGAAGAUCUACGCUCAGAGGACUCUGAACCGGGAGGAGCGGGCCGUGUGGAGGUUUGUGGUCCUGGCCACAGAUGAAGGCGGCGAGGGUCUGACCGGAUUCACUGACAUCAUCAUCAACGUGUGGGACAUCAACGACAACGCGCCCAUCUUCACCUGUGCCCCCGAUUGUCAUGGCAACGUGCCGGAGAACUCUGCCCCCGGCACCUCUGUCAUGGAGAUGACGGCCACCGACCUGGACGACUCGGCCGUGGGCCAGAAUGCCGUGCUCUCCUACAGGAUUGUGGGUGAUACGGGUACAGGUGGCAGCGGCUCUGACAUGUUCAGCAUUAACCCGUCCACGGGAACCAUCUCGGUGGCAAUGAGUGGCCUGGACCGGGAACAGGCAGAGRCCUACCUGCUGRUGGUGGAGGCCAGGGACGGGGGUGGCAUGRYGGGCACGGGUACCGCCACCAUCAGGGUGACAGAYGUGAAYGACCACGCACCCAGGUUCACRGAGCGRUCCUGCCUGGCCAGGGUUCCUGAGAGCAGUGAGCCCAACGCWGURGUGCUGGAGMUGUCUGCUGAGGACUGGGACACAGGMGAGAACGCCCAKCUCACCUUCAGUGUGGUGGCAGGAGACCCAGAGCAGAAGUUYUCCAUGGUGAGCCAMCGGCAGGAGCAGCGUGGCACCCUGAGRCUGAAGAAGAGGCUGGACUAYGARAGGCCCAGUGAGCAGCGCUUCAACCUCACCCUGAAGGUCGAAGACCUGGACUUCUCAAGCUUCAUCCACUGUGUCAUAGAGGUAGAGGACUGUAACGACCACGCACCCAUCUUCAUCGCGCUCUCCCAGCCGCCGGCGCCCCUGCCCGAGGACGUGCCCGUGGGCAGCAGCGUGGCCAGGCUGACGGCCAGCGACUCUGACUCAGGCCAAAACAAGGAGAUCACCUACAAAAUCCUCCAGGAGUCAGACCCUCUGGGCCAGUUCUCUGUAGACCAGUCUGGUCUAGUCACUGUGACCAGCGCUCUGGACAGAGAGACAGCAGCGCAGCACCACCUGGUCAUCCUGGCUACUGACCACGGCUCUCCGGCCUUGACGGGCAGCGCCACCAUUCAGCUGGCCCUGCUGGACGUCAACGACAACGGGCCGGAGUUUGAGGCAACGUAUGCUCCAGUGGUGUGGGAGAACGUCUCUGGUCCCCAGCUAGUCAGACUCAACCAAACUUCCACACUGCUGCGGGCCAUAGACCGAGACUCAGCAGAGAACGGAUCUCCAUUCUACUUCAGCCUUCCCUCUGAGCUACACCACAACAAUGACUUCUACCUGCAGGAUAACGGAAACGGCACGGCCACCAUCACAGCCCUGAGGGCCUUCGACCGGGAGAGGCAGAAAGAGUUCCUCCUGCAGAUCAUCAUGAGUGACAGCGGCCAUCCGCCCAAGACGGUCACCAACACUCUGACCAUCACCAUAGGAGACGAGAAUGACCAUGCUCACCAGGCGGGAGAGAAGGAGAUUUUUGUCAACAGUCACAGAGGGAGGAUGCCGACCACUGUCCUGGGGAAGGUCUACGCCCCGGAUCCUGAUGAUUGGGACAACAAGACCUAUGCCUUUGAGGGACAUGUGCCCAAUUACUUCAUCCUGAACAAGCGGACGGGAUUCCUGAUCAUUAAGGAGAACACUCCCCCGGGCAGCUACGAGUUUCAGGUGUGCGUGUCAGACGGCAUGUGGCCAGACGCUGUUUCCGGGGUAACAGUGUAUGUGAGGGAGCUGCGUGACGAGGCCAUCUACAAUUCUGGAUCCCUGCGCCUGGCAGACGUCACAGCGAAGGAGUUUAUUGAGCAGCGUGGUAGCUUGAGGAGUCGCUAUGAACUGCUGGUGGACUUCCUGUCAGAGAUGUUGGCGGUGGGCGUUGAUGACAUCAACGUCUUCAGCCUGAUGGACGUCAGGGAGAGGACACUGGACGUGCGCUUCGCAGUGCACAGCAGUCCUUUCCUCAGAGCAGAGAAACUACAGGGAUACCUCGCUGCUCACAAACAAAAGCUGCAGUCGUUCCUGCAAGUGAACGUCAGCCAGGUACACGUGGAUGAGUGUGCCAACACAGACUGUGGUGGCAGCGGCGGCUGCUCCAACGUGCUGAGCGUCAGCGAUACGCCCACUGUGGUGGAUUCUGGGAGCAUGUCACUGGUGUCGGUGGCGGUGGAGUCCACGGCAGUAUGCAGCUGCUCCGGUAGAGAACACGUCCACAAGAUCUGUUCCUCCUAUCCCAGAAACCCCUGCUUCAACGGGGGCAUCUGUGUCGACACUCAGAGCGGGUACAGAUGCCAGUGCCCUGCGCAGUUCGAGGGGCCAGAGUGCCAGCAGACCAACCACAGUUCCCAUGGCAGCUAUGCCUGUCCUCCCAUAAGGCCUUGCUUCGAGAGCCCCUCCCUGGAGUUCAUCAACGGAGGUUGCGAUGUGCUGCUGCUCUACAGCGGGCCCCUGGCCCAGCUACAGCCCUGGGACCUUGAGGACUUCAUGGCCAUAGAGCUGAUCGAUGGCACUCCCACACUCAAGAUAAACCAUGGCUCGGGCACACUGGUCUUGCAGUUGCCAGGCAACGUGAACGUGGCGGACAGACGGUGGCACCGUCUGGAUGUGAGGAGCAACAGUAAGGAGGUACGCUUCACACUGGACCGCUGUGCUGGGGCCACCGUCAUGGAAAUGGAGGGAGUGGGCAGCUGGCUGACCACAGAGGACCACUCGUCCUGUGAAGUCACUGGGGUCACGCCCAACCUGGACAGGCACCUGAAUGGGACCCAGGUGUUACAGCUGGGUGGAGUCAAUGAGAACCUGCCCUAUGUCUACCCACAGUUACAACACAAACACUUUACUGGCUGCAUUCGGAACCUCAUUGUCGACAGCAAGUUCUAUGACUUGGGCACUCCAGCUGACUCUGUGGGCAGCUCCCCAGGCUGUCUGACUACGGAUGGGAGCUGUGUCAACGUGGGCAUCCCCUCCUGUGGCCCUAGGGGGCGCUGCCAUGGAGAGUGGGGCUCCUUCAGCUGCCAGUGCAUACCGGGGUACACUGGGAAUCAGUGUGAGUAGGGU